AUGAGCUGCAAGUACGAGGAUGCCGAUGAGAGGCUGAAUCGCCUCGCCAGAGUGCGAGAGAAUCAACGCAAAAGUCGGGCCCGAAGACAACAGUACAUCGAGGAACUCGAGCAGAAAGUCGCCGUAUGCAAUGCGCAAGCCCAGCAGAGGGAAAUCGAGCACUUGAUCGCGCUCCAGAAAUUGGAAGCUGAAAAUGCCAAACUACGUGCGCUACUACAACGAGCGGGACUUGCUCCUGGUCUAGUGGAGGAUUUUUUAAGAGACGUGUCGCAGCCCACUGUGUCGGAGAAGAUAGCAAUUCCACGACUCAAGGCGCCAAUAUCGCCGCAAUCUACUUCAAGCCAUCACUCUAUACCUUCGAUCAAGACUGAUGAGCCAUAUACACCGGCCUCUUCGGCAGGUGUCGCUACAGCUUGCAAUAACAAUGCCACUUCUGCUUCAGCAAUCCAUUAUCCUGUCGCUAUGCAGAAAUCCGCCGGAUGUUGUGGCCCGGCUUCCUCAACAAAUGUUAACGCAGUCUACAAUAUCAAUAACUCGUCGCAGAAACCCGCCGGAUGUUGUGGCCCAGCUUCUUCAACAAAUGUUAAUGCAGUCUACAAUAACAAUAACCCGUGUGCACCACCGAGCCAGUACGCUCCCACUGUGCAAAGGGUUGAGGAGCCAUACCCGCCAACCUUAGCAAACUUUGAUAUAGUUUGCAAUGACAAUAUCUCCUGUACUCAGGCUUCCGAGUGCCAGGACAAUUGCACGACCUCCAAGCCUCUCGAGCCACCCGCGGUAGCUCCCGCAGACCCUGUGCCGACUCAACAACAGCAAAACAUCAAAUUACCGUCGAUUGCAUCUCUGUGUGACUGCGGGCCAGGGUCAGCAUCCAGUUGGCCAAGGCUUACUACUCCUGUCAAUACUACUCUCUGCGAUGUUGCACAGGACUUGAUCGAUCAGUAUAAUACGAAAGGCGUGGAUCUCAAUGUCAUAAGGCAGAGACUUCGGGCUGGUUUCCGCAACGAUGAUGCCAAUGGUUGUCGGGUACAGAAUAAUGUGCUAUUUGAGGUUUUGGAUGAGAUUAGUGGGGAUGCGCCCUCGUCUGGUGGUACUUGA